CUCUUUUCCAACUCAGCUUUCUCUUUCUGUCUUGCCGUUACCAUCUCACAUUAUUACUCUCACAACGAUCUACGAAAAAUCUAUUCCACAUUCUGUCGUCGAAGACAUACAAAUUUGUAUUGCUCCAGCCUUGAUCCUUGGCGUCAUGCUUCUUCGUCGACUUGCUGUGGUAGUUCCUCGCUCCACAAGGUUCUUCAGCAGUAAAGAUAGCCGUGACCUUGCAAGCACCAUAGCUGAACUGAAUAAGGAAAUGGAAUCAGUCUUUGGUGAACCUCCUCCGAAUGAAUCUGUCAAUUCUGGGAAUAAAAGUUUCAUGGGUCAAGACUCCCAACAUAAUUCUCAUGUGAUUUUGGGUUCUGCUAGUAAUAAGUUUAUGGCUUAAGAACUUUACUCUAUAUCUCAAAAUUUAGAUGAAAAUGCUCUGACCCAUGUUGGCAGCACAGGGAAAGCCCAAAUGGUGGAUGUCUCACCCAAAGAAAAUAGUAGUAGAACUGCUACUGCUAGUUGCAAGGUAGUUUUGGGUAAGAAGGUGUUUGAUUUGGUCUUGGCCAACUAGAUGGCUAAGGGAGAUGUUCUUAGUGUGGCAAAAAUUGCUGGCAUAAAUGGUGCAAAGCACACCAGCACUCUAAUCCCACUAUGUCACAACAUCAUUUUGAAUCAUGUUCGAGUUGACCUAUCACUCAAUCCUGAGGAUUGUGUUGAGAUAGAAGGAGAAGCAGCUUGUAUAGGUAAAACUGGGGUUGAAAUGGAAGCGAUGACAGCUGUGAGUGUUGCAGGAUUAACAGUGAAUGACAUGUGCGAGGUAGCUUCAAAAGACAUCCAGAUCACAGAUAUGCGGCUUGAGUGUAAAACUGGUGGGAAGAGUGGAUACUGGUGCAGGGAGAAAUGAUGAUGUUUCAAAAGAAGAUUUUGACGCAGAGUGCUGCCAAAUGUUGUGGAGAUUAGUGUUUUAGUGGAUAUUUGCAUUUUUCAUCAGAAUGGAAAUAUUCCUCAUUCUUGUAAACAUGAAACUUGGAGGCAUAAUUCAUGUUCUCAAUUCAAAUUUACAGUCAGAGGUAUGAUAAUGUAUGACCAAUAUGCAAGUUGAAACUAAUCUUACCUCUUGCUAAUUUUUUUUUGAACUUUUUAAUUG